CGCCAACAUGUUUCUUAAUCAGAUGAAAGAUAUGAUAUUAGCUUAUAGUACUAGAGUACUAUAAUAUAUACUAGAGUACAGUACUAGAAACUAUUCUUAGUGAGGACACAUUUUAAACGCGAGAUUAGCAUACUCCCAAAGGUGUAAUUUUUAGUAGUUUCAAAAUUCAAGAAUAGACUGCAAGUUGAGGUUCGAAAAAGUAAAAAGUGUUUUUGAAAGUGGCCCUAUCGCAAUUUGAUCUGUAUCAGCCUCCGAGAUACAGCUGAUUUUCAAAAUACAUUCGGAAUCAUUUUAACGUAAAAAGUUCAGUGGUUGUCAUAGAGAUGCUGCCACUUAUCACGUGUGGAGAACAAGUGGAUUGUCGUAUUUACCGACCGAGCCAAGGCAACCCUGUGGAAUAGGAGAUUCGAAAAUUCGGAAAAAUAAAUAUAGAAAAAAGAAAAAAGUUAGAAAUGGACAAGAGGGGUGCUUUUAAGAGACCAGUAUAGGAGAUCGGCUCGAGGAAGAAUGAGCGCUACGAAUUAAUUCAUUAAGAAAAUCAUACGAGAAUCUGCUCGGUUAUUUGGAAAAGCAAUAAAAAAAAUAUUUUAGUUUUAAUGAAUAUUUUAUGAUCCUUACAUAAAAGCAACGGAGCAAUUAGGAACACAUAACUUGUUGAUCAAGUGGGUGGUUUAUACUUGCGGCUGAUGGUAAUGUACGUACAUAGGACCAUCACAUCAUCUCUUGGCAGUGAAUGGUAGCUAAUGAUUAUUCACAUGCAAGGAAGUAAAAGAAAAUAUUAAAAGGAAAUGAAGUUACAUUGUGGCAGAGUGGAAUGUGCGUUCUUUUGAUUUUCUGAAUAUUUAACAUUUCAAGUGUCAAAUGGCUGUUUUGCACCGAGCUUUGUUCACGUGGUUUAAUCUUCUCAUUUUCCUGAUCCUACUGGUGUUGCGCUUAGAUUUGAGAAUACAGUGGAACUGGUUUAUUGUCUUCAUUCCUAUGUGGCUCUAUGACAAUAUACUCCUGAUUUAUAUUGUAUUUAAUAUGAUAUCACAUUGCAAAAAUGGACACGACAGAGCCAGCAGUUUGAGAAGAAAAGUUUGGUACAUGGCAGCUGUCUUAAUGAAACUCAGUGCUCAGAUAUUAAUUUGUUUGAAAUUGGAAGCACCGCAUUGGAAUCUACCUGCCAAAGCUGUGCUUGCUCCUUUUUGGCUACUUCUGCCUGCUUUGGCUGUAGAUAUUUUUGUACACCUGAUACAUCAUUCGAAGUAUUGACCAUGGGUUAUCCAAAAUCUAUGAUAUUGCAACCAACUAAAUCUACAUCUUAUGAAAAAUUGAUUUACAACGGCAUAGCUACAUAAAAUAUUAAAUGAAAAUUUGAGCUUGUUAAAUUCCACAGUCAUAUGCUUCUCAUACAUUUCUUGCAAUAUGCAUA